GCGGAAGCAGCGCGCGGAGGCGGCGCCGGAGCCGCGGGUGGUCCCUCGAUCGAGGACGGCCACCGAGCUGUCGGAGACAGAUUGUGUAUUUGAUUUCUGCUCUGUUUGUUAGCCAAGGUGGCGUCUUGAGGUUCAUGUCGUCCGAGCCGAAACAGUCGACAAGAGAUCUGGCUGGUGGACGCCAGCUCAGUCGGUGCUCCAGAGACGGCCUGCUAGGUAGAGUCGGCUGGUGCGCCUGGUGCCGUGCGCACAGUGGCAGCGAUGAGGCACUGGUACGCCUCGCUGGUGCUGCUGGCACUCUUCUGUACUGCCGCGCAAGGUGUCGCCAUCGCGGAUGCCGCCGACGACACUACCACCGAGUCCGCUGAUAGCUCCUGGGGAUGGGGAUGGGGCGGCGGCGACGACGAUGACGACUAUAACUACAACUACUAUGAAGAUGAAGAUGACGAAGUCCUUGAUGAACCUACGGAAAAGGUGACGGAGGCAGUCCCAACAGAGGCUCCUGAAGAAGAAGAAGAAGAAGAGGUCCCCGAAGCAACUCCAGAGGCAGUCCCUGCUCCGGUUGUGACUACUGAGGAGGUCACCGAGGAAAUUCCCGUGGAGGUCACCGAGCCUGCAACUGAGCGUGAAACCGAGAGGAGUCCGGUGCUGACUGCACUGCCACCAGAGACUCCGGACACAUCUCCGUCUACCACUGACAGCGAUGCCACCGCAGUGCCGACCCUGGGCUCUGUGGAGCGUGGUGUAAAGCGUCAGGGCGGCUGUCCACCAGCUUACUACUUCCAGUGCGGCAACGGUCAGUGCAUCGAGCGCAAUCUGCGCUGUGACGGUUUCCCGCACUGCCUAGACCGCUCUGACGAGGACGGGUGUUCGUCGGGUGGCGGUGGAGACGCUUGCGAUCAGACCAUCUACUUCACCUGCUCCAACGGUGAGUGCAUUGACCGCCGAGGCCUCUGCAACGGCUACCGCGACUGCGUAGACGGCUCGGACGAGAUCAACUGCCCACCGUGCGACGAACGUGUACAUUUCCAGUGCAGUAACGGCACCUGCAUCGACCUGUCGCAGCGCUGUGACGGCACCGUCCACUGCCCGGACCACUCGGACGAGGAGGAGUGCCACGGUGGCGGCGGCUCCGGCCACAGCGGCUGUGCGCUCGGCCAGUUCCGCUGCAGAAAUGGGCAGUGUCUGAACCUUCUGCAAAAGUGCGACGGCAGGAGCGACUGCAUCGACGGGUCGGACGAGGAGGGCUGCUACGGCGAGGAGCGGUGUCUUCUGGGCCAGCACCGCUGCGGCGACGGCCAGUGUCUGGACGUGCGGCAGAAAUGCGACGGUCGGCGAGACUGCAGGGACGGGUCUGACGAGGAGGAGUGUCAUGGAGGCGGCGGCAGCGGUCACAGUGGCUGUGCGCUCGGCCAGCACCGAUGCGGUGACGGACAGUGCGUGGACAUCCGUCGCAGAUGCGAUGGAAGGCGUGACUGCACGGACGCAUCUGAUGAGGCCAACUGCAACAAUCCCACCACAUGUCUCCCAGGCCAGUUUCGCUGCUCCGACGGCACUGGAUGUCUGAACAUUCGCCAGAGGUGCGACGGCAGGAGAGACUGUAGAGACAACUCUGAUGAGGAAGGUUGUGGCAAUCCCUCGCCAGAUCGCUGUCUUGUUGGUCAGUUCCGCUGUACCGAUGGUCAGUGUCUGAACAUUCGACAGAAGUGUGACGGCAGGUGGGACUGCAGAGAUGGCUCAGAUGAGGCGUCAUGUUCGGGUCCAGACCGCUGUCUGCUAGGUCAGUUCCGCUGUUCCGAUGGACAAUGUCUGAAUAUCAAUCAGAAAUGUGACGGAAGGUGGGACUGCCGGGACGGUUCGGACGAAGCAGACUGCACCGUCCCAGGCACUUGCCUGCUUGGUCAGUUCCGCUGUUCUGACGGCCAGUGUUUGAACAUCCGACAGAAGUGCGACGGCAGACGUGAUUGUCGUGAUGGUUUAGAUGAGCAAGGCUGUUCUCCUGCUCCUUGCCUCCCGGGUCAGUUCCGGUGUUCGGAUAAUAGCGCCUGUCUCGACCCACGACAGAGGUGUGAUAAUCGACAAGAUUGCAGAGACGGCUCGGAUGAGAGGGAUUGCAACAGUCCCAACCCAAACGUCUGCCUUCCAGGACAAUUCAGAUGCACAGAUGGCAGCAGGUGUCUAAACAUUCGUCAGAGAUGCGACAACCAACGAGACUGCAGAGAUGGUUCGGAUGAGAGGGAUUGCAACAGUCCCAACCCAAACGUCUGCCUUCCAGGACAAUUCAGAUGCACAGAUGGCAGCAGGUGUCUAAACAUUCGUCAGAGAUGCGACUACCGACCAGACUGCAGAGAUGGUUCGGAUGAAAUCGGUUGUACCGACCCAAUCCCCACCACCUGCCUUCCUGGACAGUUCCGAUGCUCUGAUGGCCAGUGUCUCGACAUUCGCCGAAAGUGUGACGGUUACAGCGACUGUUCGAGGGGAGAAGAUGAGCGUGAUUGUCAACAGCAAUGUGGAUCCGGAGAGUUUAGCUGCGACGGUCGGUGCUUUGACUACCGCCGCCGGUGCGAUGGCAGAAGGGACUGCAGAGAUGGUUCUGAUGAAGCUGAUUGCAACCCGGGGGGAAACUGUCGUCUUGGCCAAUUCAGAUGCAGCGAUAAUAGUGGCUGUUUGAACAUCAACCAGAGAUGCGACGGUCGCCGCGACUGCCGAGAUGGAUCUGAUGAAAGCGAAUGUUCUAGGCAAUGUCGCCUUGGCCAAUUCAGAUGCCGGGAUGAUAGCGGCUGCUUGAACAUCAACCAAAGAUGCGAUGGUCGCCGCGACUGCCGAGAUGGAUCUGAUGAAAGCGAAUGUUCUAGGCAAUGUCGCCUUGGCCAAUUCAGAUGCCGAGAUGAUAGCGGCUGCCUGAACAUCAACCAGAGAUGCGAUGGUCGUCGCGACUGCCGAGACGGGUCUGACGAGAGUGAAUGUUCCAGGGAAUGCCGCCUUGGUCAAUUCAGAUGCCGAGAUGAUAGCGGCUGCCUGAACAUCAACCAGAGAUGCGAUGGUCGUCGCGACUGCCGAGACGGGUCUGACGAGAGUGAAUGUUCCAGGGAAUGCCGCAUUGGUCAAUUCAGAUGCCGAGAUGAUAGCGGCUGCCUGAACAUCAACCAGAGAUGCGAUGGUCGUCGCGACUGCCGAGACGGGUCUGACGAGAGUGAAUGUUCCAGGGAAUGCCGCCUUGGUCAAUUCAGAUGCCGAGAUGAUAGCGGCUGCCUGAACAUCAACCAGAGAUGCGAUGGUCGUCGCGACUGCCGAGACGGGUCUGACGAGAGUGAAUGUUCCAGGGAAUGCCGCCUUGGCCAAUUCAGAUGCCGAGAUGAUAGCGGCUGCUUGAACAUCAACCAAAGAUGCGAUGGUCGCCGCGACUGCCGAGAUGGAUCUGAUGAAAGCGAAUGUUCCAGGCAGUGUCUCCUUGGCCAAUUCAGAUGCCGAGAUGAUAGCGGUUGCUUGAACAUCAACCAAAGAUGCGAUGGUCGUCGCGACUGCCGAGAUGGAUCUGAUGAAAGCGAAUGUUCCAGACAAUGCCGCCUUGGCCAAUUCAGAUGCCGAGAUGAUAGCGGUUGCUUGAACAUCAACCAGAAAUGCGAUGGUCGCCGCGACUGCCGAGAUGGAUCUGAUGAAAGCGAAUGUUCCAGACAAUGCCGCCUUGGCCAAUUCAGGUGCCGAGAUGAUAGUGGCUGCUUGAACAUCAACCAGAGAUGCGAUGGUCGUCGCGACUGCCAAGAUGGAUCUGAUGAAAGCGAAUGCCCUGGACAAUGUAGGCUCGGUCAGUUCAGAUGCGCUGAGGGUACCUGUCUCGAUAUUCGGCAAAAGUGCGAUGGCCGACGCGAUUGUGCCGGAGGCGAGGAUGAGGCAUCUUGUGAGCUGUCUGACUGCGAUUGUCCAGGCCUCUUCUCUUGCGGAGAUGGUAUUUGUCUGUCGUCGUUUGCGGUAUGCGAUGGAUUCAUGAACUGUCGGGAUGGCAGGGAUGAGCUCGGGUGCGUCUCGUAAUGAGCGUUGUCCUUGGGUACACAAUGAUUACAUUACUCGGUGCAUCAUUUGAAUGUCUGGCAAUUAUUGUUUCUCGUACGCUCUGUCAGGUGCUUUUAGAGACGUUGUAGUAAUUUUUUUGUUGUUGCAUGAAGUUCAUUGCUGCAGCAUGGCACGAACUGGCGCUGGAGCUUUGUAGGUGUUCAUAUUUAAAGCUCCAAAGGCCCAUAUGUGACCUAAUAAUGUCAAAAGUAGCUAUCACUGUCAUCUGUUUAAUCGCUAACAAAACUUGGUGUGCGUGAGUGCUUUUUGAUUACUAAUAAAUGAUAAAAAAACA